GGCCACCGCCUCCCGCGCACACACGGCCAUGGCGGAGGCCUCCUCGCUAGAGAGGCGGAGCCCUGGCCUGGCCUCUUGCCUCUCUCACAGCCUGUGCCCUGGGGAGCCCGGCUUGCAGACCACAGCAGUGGUGUCCAUGGGGUCCGCAGACCAUCAGUUCCACCUGGCGGAGAUCCUGUCUCGGAACUACGGUGUCCAGGAGGAGCAUGAAGGGGCUGCGCGGGGCCCAGAGAAGCCGGAGGAGGAGCUAGAGAAGGACUUCGUCUCCCAGAGCAGCGACAUGCCCCUUGACGAGCUGCUGGCCCUCUACGGCUACGAGCCCUCGGACCCCAUUUCGGAGCGCCAGAGUGAGGGCAGCGAUGCCACAACCAACCUCCCGGACAUGACCCUGGACAAGGAACAAAUAGCGAAGGAUUUGCUUUCAGGGGAAGAAGAGGAAGAAACACAGUCCUCAGCCGAUGACCUCACCCCAUCUGUGACCUCCCAUGAGGCCUCUGACCUUUUCCCUAAUCAGAGUGGAUCCCGCUUCCUGCCUGAUGCAGACAAUGAGCCUGGCUCCUCCAGCUCGUCGGACACCGAGGAGGACCCGCUUCCCGCCAACAAGUGUAAGAAGGAGAUCAUGGUUGGGCCUCAGUUCCAAGCCGACCUCAGCAAGCUGCACUCGAACCGUCAGGGUGAGAAGCUCUAUGAGAAUGAAGACCAGCUGCUCUGGGACCCCAGCAUCCUUCCUGAGGGGGCGGUGGAGGAGUUCCUGUACCGGGCGGCGAAGCGGCGGUGGCGCGAGGUGGCUGAGUCUCAGCUCCCGGAGGGAGAGGCGGUGAAAGACAGCGAGCAGGUGGGUGGCCCUGGGGGCGGAGGAGCCAUGGGGCGGGGGCCAGUGUGGUUGUGUGAUUGUGAAGAAUUCAAGGGAAACCACUUGUCCUGGGCAAUGGUGGCUCCCCUCCCCCAGGCACUGUAUGAGCUGGUGAAAUGCAACUUCAAUGCCGAGGAGGCCCUGCGGAGGCUGCGGUUCAACGUGAAGGUGAUCCGAGACGGGCUGUGCGCCUGGAGCGAGGAGGAGCGCCGCAACUUCGAGCACGGCUUCCGUGUGCAUGGCAAGAACUUCCACCUGAUCCAGGCCAACAAGGUGCGCACACGGUCCGUGGGCGAGUGCGUGGAGUAUUACUACCUGUGGAAGAAGUCUGAGCGCUACGACUACUUCUCCCAGCAGACGCGGCUGGGCCGCCGGAAGUACGGCCCGUCGGGAACCACGGACGCGGACCAGGACCUGGAUGGCGGUGACCCCGAUGGCCCUGGCCGCCCCCGCUCCUCGCCGCCCCUGCCUCUGCCUGCCACUGCCGACGGCCCGGGCCCUGAGCGGGACCCCCUGGCCCGGAUGCGCACCGAGCCCCUGAGCAUGGGCAGCAGCACGUCUGGGAGUCUCGGCGCGCCCGGGGAGGCCUCCGACAGCCCCCUGUCCUCGGAGCCAGGGCCCUGUUCGUUCCAGCCACCGGAUGUAGACACGCCCCCGGCCGUGCCCCUGCCUCGGCGGCCCCCAGCCCUGGCUGAGCCAGCCUUCUACUCCCCCACCACGGCCGCUUCAGAGCCUGGUGCCAGCCCGAGGCUGGCUGUGGACUUGGCCCUGCCCGGGGCCCUCCCCGAGGAGCUGCCCCUCAUCUCCAGCCACGUGGAUAUGGACGGAGAGCCCGAGGAGGCCGUGGCCCCCGCACAGGUGGCUUUGUCGGUUGCCGAGUUUGGACUCAUCGGCAUCGGGGACGUGAAUCCCUUCCUGGCCGCCCACCCCGCGUGCCCGGCCCCUGCGCUGCACUCGGAGCCCCUGUCACACUGUAACGUGAUGACCUGUUGAUCCCUGGCCACAGGCGGGCGUUUGUGGCCCAGAUUGGACUUGGGGCCGCUGUGAGGCCUGCCUGUCAGUCUUCCUGACCCUCCCCUCCUCGCAGGCCUCCGGUAGCUCUUCUGCUCAGAGCACGUCAAGGACCGGGCUGAGCGGUGGCCCCUCCCCACGCCACACACGCACCAGCACUGCUGCCUGGCUCCAGCCUCUGCGCCCACCACGGGACCCAUUGGGUGGCGGGGCGCGGAGGGCUGGCCCAUCCAGCCAGCAGAGGCGAGGAAGGCGGCCGGGCCCCGCCAGGGACGUGGGGAGGUGGGGCCGGACGCCGCCCCUACCAGCAGCAGCCUCCGCCGGCACCCUCGGCACUCUGCUCGCCUGUCUCCCUGCGCCUGGCCGGACUUCGGGCUGCCCCCGCCCAGGGCUCAGGGGGCAGCUGCUACUCGGUGCCAAACCCUGUGGGGCACAGAGCCAUAUACCUCGAUGUCGGCCCGCCCCGCCCUGACGUCCACCCGCUCUCUCCACUUCAGGAAAAGCCGCACUUUAUGCCCCCACCCCACCCCCACCUCCACCCCGGGGCCCCCGGCAGCCUCGGACGUGGGUCUGAGGACGCAGAACUCACAGCCCCUUGGUACCGAGGCCUGUCGCCUGCCGCACUGAGGGGCCCAGCUCCAGCCCGUUUCCCUGACCCCCUAGGUCGUGUUUCUGUUGAGGCUUCCUAGCAAGGUGGCUUGGGGGCCUGGGCCUUCUCCUCUCCAGCCUCCUCGUUUUAUUUAUGUUUCUGUUUACAAAUCGGAGUGGGGUCCUCCAGGGGCAGGGCAGCGCUCCCGGCCCCGGUGUCACCAACGGGGGCUUUGGCUCGAGCCCGUCCGCAGGGCUGGACUCGACCUUCCCUCGGCCCACCAAGGACCACACUGUGAAGUGACAACUGCCUUGAUCCCCUUGCUGUUUUAUUUAUUAAACUUGAUUUGAAGCCCC